AUGAGAUACUUAAAGAUAGAGAAGGAAAAAUUAGUUUCAUGCAAGAAACAAGAAUAAGAAGUUCAAAGAAUAAGAAGAAGAAAAGGAAAUUAAAAAUUAAAUAGUAUUGCCAAACAAUAAAGAGUAAAAAGAAGAGAUUAUUAAUAAAAUAUAAAGCAAAACAAAGAAGUUAAAAAUCCAAAAAAAUUAAUAAAAUAAUAAAUAAUUAAUAAGGUUAAGAAAAGGAAGAAAAUGUUUAGAGGUUUAACUAAAUUCAACAAAGUUUUUGCUUUAAAUUCCUUUAAAAAUAGCUUAGUCGCCGUUCCAAAGGCUAACUUGAACCAUGUUCAAAAUAUGUUAGAAGAAAAUUUAAAGUAUGAUGCUUAAAAGUAUAAUGAUGAAGUUGCUGUCAUUCAAAAGACCUCCAGAAUUUACAAGCCCACUUAUACUAUUGAGUUCAAUCGUGAAGGUGAAGUUUUAGUUUACUCUGCUGAUCCUAUUAAGAACUCCGUAGUUUACUUCAAGUAUCCUUAUGUCUUAUACGAAGCUGCUAUUCCCCUCUUCAUUUGGGCUUGGAUCUACAAUCCUUUGGAACUUAGCAAGAAUGCAGUCAAUAGUUUGCUCAUCUACCCCAACAUCGCUUGGAUUCCCAGAAUGUGGUACUGGAGAUCUCUUCAAUAUAAGAUCUAAAAAAUGUACCUCCUUAGAGGUGGCAAGGUUGCUAAGAUUGAAACCCAAUCUUUGGCUGGUGAUAGAUUCACUUCUUGGGUUGAAACUUACUAAUUCCAUCCCUUGACUUAAGAUCAAAAGAACUUCGAUAACUAAGAUAAUGCUGAAUUCUUAGAAGAUGAAGGUCAAUUAAAAUACGAAUUAGGUGUCCAACUUGAUAACUUAUAAGAAAUGGGUACCACUUCUCAAGAUAUUGUUAUUAACUUCAUGAAGGAAGGUACUGUUCACCACCCUGAAUUAUUUGAAGCUAUUGUUAAGGGUUACAAUAUUGAUACUUCUGACUACGUCAUUAAUACUGCUAAUAACCUCAGAGCCAGAGAAGGUAACCACAACCAUUGA